UUUACGACUCUGUCGGUAACGAUUACGACAAUCUUCGUGCUCGGUGCUCAGGUCCUUCAAACGAACAUGGAUUUGACUUGUCAGAAUGCUAGCUUAACUAUUGAGUAUUUACUUGGUCAAUUGAAUACAGCCAGACAAGAGAUUAAUAAUUUAAGACAACAAGUGAAAGGUCUACGGUAUAUACUAGACAAAGAUGUUAAUAACAUUAAACGCUUUUUGGAAUUACAAAAAGAUGGAGAAGCCUUUUCACACUCCAAGCUAAUAGCUUCAUCUUUAGAAGAGGCAAAGCCUGGCACAAGCAAAGAUCAAGAUAUACUCAAAUUAAAACCUAUUGGUGUCAUUUCUACUUGGUUUCCGAACAAGAGAGCAACCCCACGACAACCUGGAAUAUGUGGGAAGGUGCCAGGAAAAUUAACACUUUAUAAUUCUGUAUUUACAAAUCCAGAUCAUGCAUUGCAAGGCUUGCAGGAUUUUUCACAUAUGUGGAUUUUAUUCCAUUUUCAUAGAAAUGAUUCAACGCAUACUCGUGCAAAAGUAGCACCACCACGAUUGAAUGGGAUAAAAACAGGUGUAUUUUCUACGCGUUCUCCACAUCGGCCAUGUCCUAUUGGUCUAAGUUUAGUUAAGAUUUUAAAAAUUGAGAAUUAUACAAUUUAUUUUGAAGGUGUUGACAUGGUUAAUCAGACGCCUGUUCUAGAUAUAAAACCAUAUAUACCACAAUAUGAUAGUCCAUUACAUAUUGAGAAAUUAAGUAAUAGACCAAGAGAGAGUAAUACUCAGAAUGUCUCAGACAUGUUUCACAAUAUGGGAGAAACCAUUUGCUUAAAUGAGGACCAAUCAACUAAUCAUUUUAGUGAUGAUACAAACACUAACAAUGCUGUUAGCGAACAAGCUGAAUUUGAUAUUUCCAAAGAUGAAGAAAUAGCUUUGAGACUUCAGGUAGAAGAAUUUCAAGCAACUUCAAAUCUUAAUGGCUAUGAUAUUACAAGACAAUCUUCUCAGUUGAUGGAAGCUUAUGCUAAUAAUGCUACUUCAUUACAAACUGAUAUUGCAGAUAUUAUGAAUACAGAAACAUACCAAAUAGAUAGGGCACCUGAUAUGAGAUCAGAUUUAGAUUCUAUUGAACACAACACUGCAAUAUUAAUAGCCGAAUCACAGGCUGCUUCUAUUAGAGAUUUGAAUAGCAGAUUACAUGAUGUAGAUAUAAAUAAUAUUAGCAAUACAGAUUCAACAUAUAUAGAGAGAGAUAAUGAUAAUGCAAUAGAUUAUACCGAGAAUCAGUCUUUACGCAACUCUAGACUAUUGGAUGGAGCAGAUGGUCCAAGUACAGUUUGUGGUACAGAUAUAGAUUUAGUUAAUCAUCAUAUGUUGCAUGCAAGAGUCGAUAAUUCUCCUGUAAGAAUGGGAAUACGUGAGGCACCUGAUGGAGAGGAAGGAUUUGAAUCUCAGAGUUUGACACCAUCGCGAACUUUACCAGAUAUUCACGCAGCAACAACCGUAUCAUCUACGCCAAUGAAUACGGCAAUGGAAGAUAACUUUUCUGAGAUAAGAGUACCAAACUGGAUUUCGCAGCCUCGUACAACGACAUUGUCAGUAAUUUUCAAUGAACGUGCUUUGAUACAAUUAAACGAGAUUUCAGACGAUAAAGUUGAUGAACAAAAACAAGCUAUAGAAAAUGUAUUAAGAGAAGAUCCUAGAUCGGUGUAUCUAAGGCAAAGGUGGGGUAGCCAAUUUUACACUUUUUUAAUAUAUGAUCUGCACAUCACAUGUAGAUUUGACGAUAGUAGAGGUAUUGUUACUGUAUUCCAAGUGCGACACGCGGGUCGUACUUGCGAUUGCGGCGAGCCUGAAUGGCAAUGCUUAGGACAUUCUCCUUUAUCUUAAUAUAUUAUACAGCGAAAUAAAGCAAAUAUUCUAGUAAACAGGGAAAAAAGAAGAGCAAAAUACUAUUUCUGUAUAGUAAUUUAGCAUAAAGAAUUUAAGUAAACUUUCAUUUCCCAGAAAUCUUUCUCGUAAAAUAAUGUUUGCUUU